GUCAUCUGAAGUAUUUUGCGCGGGAAAAGAUAGGAGUUGGAAAAUAUUCAACGAGGCACCAUGGCUGAUAUUACUCAUUCUCAACCCAGUCAAAAUUCACAAGAAAUAUCUGCUAAAAAGAGUAAAACUGACUUGAUAUUUGAUGAUGGCGAAGACUGUAAGAGAUCGUGGACAGAUGCGACUGCUGAUUAUGAUGAAACUGACGAGCACUUGGAAAUUAUGGGCAAACCAGUGAUGGAAAGAUGGGAGACUCCUUUCAUGCACAAAUUGGCUACGAUUGCCGCAUCCAAGGGUGGAAGAGUUCUUGAACUUGGAUUUGGUAUGGCUAUAGCUGCUACAAAGAUUGAAGAGUUUGAACUUGAAUGUCACUCAAUUGUUGAGUGUAAUGAUGGUGUGUUUCAAAGGCUGCAGAAAUGGGCAACAGAACAGAAAAACAAGGUGGAGCCAUUAAAAGGAAUGUGGGAAGAUGUUGUUCCUUCAUUGCCAGAUGCUUCUUUUGAUGGUAUCCUGUAUGAUACAUAUCCCCUUAGUGAAGAAGACUGGCACACUCAUCAGUUUAACUUCAUAAAGAAUCAUGCAUUCAGACUGUUGAAACCUGGCGGUGUAUUGACCUACUGUAACCUGACGUCUUGGGGUGAACUUAUGAAAAACCAGUAUACUGAUAUAGAGAACAUGUUUGAGGAGAGUCAACUGCCUAAACUUCUAGAUUGUGGAUUUCUGAAGGAGAACAUAUCUACAGAGGUGGUACCAAUGAACCCACCAAAGGAGUGCAAGUACUACUCAUUUAAUGCAAUGAUUGCACCAACUAUUAUAAAACAAUAGACACCUUGGGCUAGGCAACUCUUGGAUAUAGACAGACUAAAU